UCUGUGCUGAUGUUUGUAGGCCGACGCUUGGCUGAUGAGGUCACAUGCUAAACAUUCCGGAAGAAGCUCGUUGUGCAGGAGCCGGGGAUGUGUGAUUUCCGCCUCGCAGAAGAAGAAAGUUGUGCAGGGUUGGACUGCAGGUUCCCGGAAUCAGACAAGAAAUGGACAGCCAGGGAAGGAAAGUGGUGGUUUGCGACAAUGGUACCGGGUUUGUCAAAUGUGGCUUUGCAGGCUCCAACUUCCCCGAGCACAUCUUCCCUGCGCUGGUGGGCCGGCCCAUCAUCCGGUCCACUGCCAAAGUGGGCAACAUCGAGAUCAAGGACCUGAUGGUGGGCGACGAGGCGAGCGAGCUGCGCUCCAUGCUGGAGGUGAACUACCCGAUGGAGAACGGCAUCGUGCGCAACUGGGACGACAUGAAGCACCUGUGGGACUACACCUUCGGGCCGCAGAAGCUCAACGUGGAGCCGCGCGGCUGCAAGAUCCUGCUCACCGAGCCGCCCAUGAACCCCACCAAGAACCGCGAGAAGAUCAUCGAGGUGAUGUUUGAGACUUAUCAGUUCGGUGGUGUUUACAUUGCCAUCCAGGCCGUUCUCACACUCUACGCUCAAGGCCUGCUGACGGGAGUGGUGGUGGACUCUGGUGAUGGCGUCACACACAUCUGUCCCGUGUACGAGGGUUUCUCACUCCCUCACCUCACACGCAGACUGGACAUCGCCGGACGGGACAUCACACGCUACCUCAUCAAGUUGCUCCUGCUGAGGGGCUAUGCCUUCAACCACUCUGCGGACUUUGAGACGGUGCGCAUGAUGAAGGAGAAGCUGUGCUACGUGGGCUACAACGUGGAGCAGGAGCAGAAGCUGGCGCUCGAGACCACCGUCCUGGUCGAGUCCUACACGCUCCCAGACGGGCGUCUGAUAAAGGUGGGCGGUGAGCGUUUCGAGGCCCCCGAGGCUCUGUUCCAGCCGCACCUCAUCAACGUGGAGGGAGUGGGAGUGGCCGAGCUGCUCUUCAACACCAUCCAGGCCGCCGACAUCGACACCAGGGCUGAGUUCUACAAGCACAUCGUUCUGUCGGGUGGUUCCACCAUGUACCCCGGCCUGCCCUCUCGUCUGGAGAGAGAACUCAAGCAGCUCUACCUGGAGAGGAUACUGAAGGGGGACGUGGAGAAGCUGUCUAAAUUCAAGAUCCGUAUCGAGGACCCUCCGCGGCGGAAGCACAUGGUGUUCCUGGGCGGGGCGGUGCUGGCGGACAUCAUGAAGGACAAGGACAACUUCUGGCUCACGCGCGAGGAGUACGAGGAGAAGGGGGUGCGCGUGCUGGAGAAGCUCGGGGUCACCGUCAGAUAAACACACACACACACACACACACACACACACACACACACACAUGCUCUCUCUUUCUUUCUCUUUCUUUCUCUCUCUCUCUGUCUCGCACUUUCUUAUUGAGUAAAUACACACACACAUACACAAACACACGAAAGAAAAGUUUCUUAAAAAUCCCUUCACUUUUCAUAUGGACACACACAGAAGCACCACACACACACACACACACACACACAGACAGACACACAGACACACACACACACCUACUCACACAUACUCAUAUGUUUAAUAAGGGUGCUUUAGAAAUUUCCUCUUGUUCACAUGCAGUGUGGCCCACAAGAUGUGUGGGCAAAUCACUCACACACACACAUACUCUCUCUCUCUCUCUUUCUCUUUUUUCUCUCUAUCUCUCUCUCUCUCUCUCUCUCUCUCUCUAAACCAGUCUUACAAUACCAAACUUGACCAGUACCAAACACACCUUUGCCAACAUCUCAUCUCUCUCUCUCUCUCUCUCUCUCUCUCUCUCUCUCUCUCUCUCUCUCUGAGACACAUACAUCUGUCGUGUCCCUUUACAGGCGAGUAUAGUAUUUAUUCAGUGUUCAGUUUGCCCUUUUACCCACCCCUGGUCGCCAUCCAUCAAUCAAUCAAUCACUUUUCAGUCAGUCAGUCAGUCAGUCAAUCAAUCAGUCCAUCCAUUCAUCAGUCAGUCUGUCUCUCUUUGCGAUGGACACGCUUCCGAGUGAGAAUGAAGUGGGACAAAGGGGGAGAAACGGGGUGAUAGAAAGGGGGAA